UACAUCGAAGCAGCCAGAGUAGUGCGACGCUGUAUGUUGUCAUUUGUGUAAUGAUUUUUCUGCUAUCGCCUUUCUGCUUCCAUUUUACGUUCAUAUUGUGGAUAGCAAAGUAGCAACGAGUGGUUGUUAUACAGUUUGUAUUGCAAAGCGAUACAACUGGCUAGUGUAGUGCUUUAAUAGGAUCAGGUGAUCAUAAUGCUUACUGGAUACCGGUUGCUGGCGGAUUCAUUCCACGCGUUCGCAAUACUCUAUCUGCUGUUCAACAUUUGGCGCACCAAGUCAUGCUUUGGCGUAUCGGGAAAAACACAGAUUCUGUACGUCACUGUGUUUGCGACGCGUUAUGCGGAUCUCGUCACAUUCCCGGGAACCUACAGCGUCUACAAUGUGCUGAUGAAGACGCUCUUCAUCAGCGUAACACUCAUAACGGUGCUGCUAAUGCACAGCAUCUACCGUAAAACAUACGACCGCGAAAAUGACACCUUCUACAAUGAGGUUCUGAUUUUGCCCUGCUUCGUGACCGCACUCUUUGUGAACUAUCGCAUGGAAGCGUUCGAGAUAUUGUGGUCGUUUUCAAUUUUUCUCGAAGCUGUUGCCAUACUGCCGCAGAUGGAUUUAAUCUGCAAAACGUUCCAUGUAGAACCAUGGUUCAAGUGUUAUCUGCUCUUGCUUGGCUCGUAUCGUGCACUGUACAUACUUCAUUGGAUCGAUCGGUACGGCCAAUAUGGACUGUACGAUCCGUUGGCAUUCAUAGCGGGUGGCGUGCAGACAGUGCUGUUUGUACUGUUGGCAUUGCGUAUUGCCACUCUGAAGCAUCGAGAACGCAUCGUGACGGUUAGUACGAUCUGCUAGUUUAUUGCACUACAAGAAUCCAUGCUUUGUAGGGAGUUCUUCAAUGUUUUGUAUUCGUACAUGUGUAUAGUUUUAAGAAAGCUUAAAUCUGUAAAUUGAUGUAACAUUCGAUCGUUAGUUGCUGAUCGGUGGCGGGCGAUACAUUUGCUACUUAUCCCUUCGCAUAUUUUUCGAUAGAUACAAAUGUUUGAUUUGCAUUAAAAGUUUCGUCUUGAAAUAAAGAUUCCCUGCUGAAAAAA